AUGUUGAUUUGUGGGAUCAAAGUUAUCCUUUGUAUUUUAUUUUUUAUAUCAAUAAUAAUAUUUUUUUCUGGGUUGGGUAUUUGUGUAAAUGAUUAUAUAAUUUUUUUGGAUUGGAAUAUUGUGUCUUUAAAUUCUUGUAAUAUUAUUAUAAGAACUCUUUUGGAUUAUAAAUCAUUAUUAUUUAUAAGAUCUGUUACAUUUAGUUAUGGAGAUAGAUAUAUAAUAGGUGAUUAUAAUUUGUCUCAAUUUAUUAUUUUGGUUUAUUAUGCUUUUGUAUUGUCUAUAAUGUUUUUGAUUAUUAGUCCUAAUUUAAUUAGAAUUUUAUUGAGAUUGUAUGGUUUAGGAUUAGUUGCUAUUACUUUAGCUGCUAUAACUAAAAGAGCUCAAAUUCCUUUUUCUUCUUGGCUUCCAGCAGCUAUGGCUGCUCCUACACCUGUUUCUGCCUUGGUUCAUUCAUCAACUUUGGUGACAGUGGGAGUAUAUUUGCUUAUUCGUUUUGGAGUGGUUAUUGAAAUGUAUUCGAUGAGUCGCCAAAACAAAGCGAUGUUAUGGCAAUAA